AUGGGCACAGAUGUUGAAAAGAGAGGUUUGUUAGUUUUAUUAUGUAAUAUAUUGAUUUUAUUGAGUUCAGUUUCAGAUGGAGGAGCUGUUUACAAAGUUGGUGAUUCAGCUGGUUGGACCACCAUUGCUAAUGUUGAUUACACCCACUGGGCUCUUACAAAAACCUUUCAACUUGGCGAUACUAUAGUUUUCGAGUACAACCCUAAGUUUCACAACGUGAUGCAAGUUACGCACGCCGAUUACAAGGCGUGCAACGCCACGUCACCUAUCUCAACUCGCACCAGUGGGAAUGACUCGAUUACAAUCGAUACUCACGGCCACCACUUCUUCCUGUGUGGAGUUCCCGGGCACUGCCAGGCUGGACAAAAAGUCGAUAUCAAUGUUGUUCUUCAUCGUGUACCAGAAGAAGCAGCACCCACCCCCUCUCCAGUUCCUACAGUAGUGCCUGCAUUUUCUCCUAGUACUGCAGCUCUCAGUAUGCCUUUUCAUAAGUUUGGAUGGUUCUUGAUUCUGGUUUUGCAGCUAAUGUAUAUUUGUGGAUUUUAUUGAAAAAUAGAGUUUUUUUUUUCUUCUCUGUUUCUCUUUAUUAGAGAGAAAUAAAAUAAAACGAGAUCGUGCUUUUCGUGACAGCAGUUUUCUUGAUAGGAAAAGGAUGAGUAUAUACAUAUUUUGGGUUGAAAUAUUGCUGCA